AAAAACAUGUUUGGUGGGUUCAUAACCUUUCUCUUCUUGAGAAAAGAAAUCUAAUGGGAGAUUGGCAGAUUGCUACUAAGAAGAUCCUUACAAAGAAAAGACAGUGUAAAUUGAAAGUACAAAGAGCGUUCAGCUUGGACUGCAGUCUGCAGCACAAAACAGAAACCAGCUAUGACAACCACCAGCUUUGAAGAAAAAUCUGAAAUAAUUUUGUUUCAGCAACCAGAACCACGAAUGAGCUACAUGUCAAGAAAAAUUAUAAGCAAUAACGGCCAUCAGAACUUUGAAUUGCUCAAACCUAGUCCAGUCAGUUUGCCGUGCUGAAGAAACAAACAUCAAGGUAGACCACUGAGCUUCAUGACUCGAUUUUCGAGAGCAUUAAAAGCACCUGAGUAAGAGACACACAAGCAAGCAAGCAAGCAAGCAAAUCCAGAUAAACAAACACAACAGAAAACUAAAAUCAUAAUCCUGGAAGCUGUAAGCCGUACUUGAAAGCACAUACAGAUAAGCAAACUAAAUGAAAUUCAAAUUAUGGCAAUUCCAACUGUCCUGUAGAGCUGAAUGUUGAAGCUAUAAAUUUUAUUCCUUAUUUUGGAGGACAGGGUGUAGAAUGGAGAUGUCUGAUUUGAUGGGAAGGGGGGAAGGAAGAGGUCUCUAUUGGUUCAAUUGCUGAGAGGAGGGAUCGCUACCUUCACCAAUGGAAAAAAUCCUAUUACUCACUGACUAACUAGCUUAAUGCCUUUUUCUUUUUCCAAAAAAACAGAAAAAAUAAAAAGAUAGAUAAUAAAUUGUAAAAGCAAAGGCAGAAUGGGAAAAGACCAAAUCAAACUUCCUA